AGGAGGAGGAGGAGGAGGAGGAGAGAAGUUGAGUUGAGGAAUUUGAGUCGUGUUUGAAGGGGGAGAGGGAAAAGACCGAGGCAGGGGGAUGUCUGAGGGAGUCUGAGAGAGCCGGGGGACAGGAGAGACUUUGGACUAUAAACUGAAGAUUAAAAACACACAGAUUCGAUAAUAUUCCCAUGAUCGGUGGAAAUAGAUCGACUUCGUAAAACUUCGGAUAGCUCCGGAUAACUGAAGUUUCCUGCGCGUUUCUCUGUGCGCGUUUUGGCUGACUGUGAUUUCGCUGGAUGGCUCUCGGUGUCGGGAUUGACCAAAACAACUCGACUAAGGGAAGAGGACUCAGUCGGAGGAGAACCUGUCUCCUUAGAAAGGGGAACUGAAACGACUUGAUCGGAUUUGCUUCGGUCUCGUCGGUGGAUAAUCACAUUUUCUAACAGCGAAACUUCAACUUCGGAUCUCUGAGAUGCGGUGAUGGAGUCGGCUUAUUUUUCCGAGAUGACUGCUCUUCUCUUUUCCACAUGUUGUCCCUUCUCAACAAGAACCAUGAGCUCAUCUAGGUGGUCUGUUCUGAUCCUCUUCAUGGUUUUAUCUGCUUGGAGACCGGCUGCUGCAGGCACACUGACAGGUAAGGUGAAAUCUGUGAGAGUCCUAGCUCUCUGUUAGUUAGUCAACAUUAAAAAAAACAUCUUAAUGAGCAAUUAGCCCAGCCAGCCCUCUGCUUCUAACUCGUUAAAUCAAUUUGUUUUGGGUUUGUGAAUCCAACCACAGCUGUGAGUGUGUUCAACAUCUGGCUGACAUGAAGGAAUUCUUCACACCAAUAAAAAACAAGAUGAUCAAAACAGUUUUAAUGAAGACACUGUUUUAUGAAGGAUUUCAAGGUGUAGUUGCUGCAGGUAGACUUUUUUUUUAAUGGAGAGCUGCUUUUGUUGACUUUGUUGACUGGUUUUGGUUGAAGGGUCAUGUUUUUAGUACAGCUGCAGGAUACAUCCCUCUGCACACUGCAUACUCUUCCUGGGAACAGAUCCAAACAAGGAAUCCAGACAGGAAUCCCCACCAGUCAUGGCAUUUCCAGAGCAGUAUGGAAUUUUCAGAGUUGUAUCCCUGGCAGGGAAAGGCUGAGAGGUUAAAUAAAUCUUGCCGGGAAGUGAGAAAAUCCUUAAAGUCGCCCCAGAAGCCUGCAGCUGAAAGUCAUGGAAAAUUGUUUUGAGUCUCUGGAAAUUGUACAUCGGUGAUACCCACCCUAGAAACCCUGCCAGCCAUCAUUUAGACCAUCUAUCUGAACUCUGAAAUCCAUCAGAUACUUCAACCAGAGGAUGAGAACAUGGGGUCCCUGCAGGGGCCUCCACCUGUCAGCUCACGUGUUCAGACCAUCACAGUCACAGCGUCUCUCAGACACAGGCAGGACAGACCCCGCUGUGAUUUAUAAGCUCAGACUGAAAGUUUCAGAGAGAAGUUUUCCUGAUGCCUCAGUUCCUCUUUGGAUGAAGGCUCAGGAGUGAGGGAUGAGGAGGGGCUCAGGGGGGCGAAUGCUUUGGUUUGUGAGUCAGAGUUGGUCUGAGUCAGACUCGGAGCAGUGAGUUGAUGGAUGGGGUACGGGGGCAAGAGUGGAGGAGAAAGAGUCGGGAGGGGAGGUGGCAAAAUGUGUAGCAAUGAAUCCGAAGAAUGGUAUGAAAAGAAGGCUAAAUGGGAAAAGGGCAAAAGGCGCGGCAGUGAAUGGAGGGGCUGAAAUACGCAGAGUUAAAAAGCCGAAAAACAGAUAAAGGAGGGAGUGGGGAGGAUAAAUGCUCAGACUGUGUCGGGUAUUUUUGGUAUGUGCCUGUCCACUGACAUUUAACAUUUGAGCGGAGUAGGAGCAGAGAGAGGCAGAUCAUGAAAAAAGUGUGGGACCUCGAGGGAAUUCAGGGGACAAAGGGGAGGAGAUGGAGUAGUUGAGCACAAAUGAAUCAUUGGAGACAGGCCCCACACAUAAACACACACUCAGACACACACAGAGAGUUUAACUACAGCGUGCCCUCUCUGUCUACCUCUGCAUUAAAAGGUUUACAAGCUUAUCAUUAUAUGAAAGAAGCCCGAAGAGACAGAGACAGAAAGUAGGGCUGUUUUUGUUCAAUAAGACACAAAGUCAGGGUCAGGCAGAUUCUUGAAAGAGCUCAGCCAAGCUUAAAAAUAAAGGGAGGAAUGACUUUUUACGCCAAAAAGCACACAGAGACAGAGAGGCGGUGGAGCAGAGACACAGCGGGCCUCUUCAUUUAUUGCACACUCCCUGAACAAGCAUUUCUAAUUCUGGGUUUGUGUUUGUAUUUGUGGAGCACAUUUACAGGAUCAUGGGUGUGUUUUCCAUACAAGUAGAAGAAGUUCUGCCAAAAUCUGCUUUUUACAUUACAGGUCUGUUUUUACUGGCUCCAAGUACGAACAUUUGCGUGAGAUAGGUUGUAGUGGAGUCCUCUGGGGUCACGGUGCAGGGUCAGAGGUUGAAGGUUGGGCCAUGAAACAGAAGAGAAGGGCGGGUUGACAAGCUUGAGAAAAUCUUUACAGGCAUCAUCAUCAGUCAGAGAAACAAGCGUGAUUUAUUCAUGUCCUGAAAUCCAAGAAACACAAGCCGAGUUUGCACGUUCUCAUAUCUUUGUCCACCUCAUGAAGACGGUGAGAGGUCGGCCUCGUCUUCCUCUGCUCUGUAGAUGUUCGGCUGGUUUGUGAGAGGAAACGUGUUUUUGCAGAACGUCAUCAAUCUUUAUCUUUGAACUGCGAGCACGCCUCGACUUCCAUGUUCUCAGGAGCACUUCUCAUUUCUGUUUAAUGUCUGAGGAGUCUGAAAAAGCAUAUUUCUGAUGACCCUCCUCGACUCAUUUUCUGGAUGUUUAACAGACGCUCAGACAUCUUGGCAGACGACCUGCAGGCCUAUCAUUGCUGUUGGAGAGAAACCUUGGAUAUUUGAAGUGUUUGUGUUGAGCUCUCUGUGCUCUGACACUGAGCGGCCGUCAGCUAACAAGGAUCCUUUGUGCGUGGAUCGGCUCUGUCCUUCUCAGGUCAGCCUGUCUGUCAGUCAGGGACACCAGAUAAGCCGACUCACUCAAAUAAAACCAGGAACUCAAAGUUCACCUGCUGCUAUCAUACCGUAUUUAUCAGCAGAAGCACACAGACUAAUGAUGAUUUUACUUGAUCUAACAACAACUCAGGUGACCAGAUUUUACCAGAGAAAAUUGUACUCCUCAUCCUGCAUCUUCCCCCUCUUUUUCUUAAAGAUUUGGAGUUUGAGCGGAGUCCAACCACCAUCAUUUCCUCUCUGGGAAAACCUGUGACAAUGCACUGCAUGUUAAAGGGGACAGGUGGCGAGGAAGAGGACCCUCCUGAUGUCAUCUGGCUGAGAGACGGCGUGCCCCUUCAGUACUCCGACACCAACCAGUUCCAAGUCCACACUGGCAGCAACAGCUGGACCAUAAUGAGCACGCUCAGGUAGGCAGUGCUUUUCCUUCACACUUACUCACUUCAGGAGAUUUACCAACAAAGGCUGUGAGGCGGCCACACCUGUCUGAAAAAUGUCAAUCAUGCACCUGCUGUGAUUGUCCUAUUUUCCUGUUCGUCCACCUUAUCUCCUCACCCUGUUAAACCAGUACCUUUGCUGGAGUAGCACGUCAUGUACCAUUGAUAUUAAUCAGUGCUAUUGUAAGCUCCAUUACAUUUAUAUUCUAUUUAUAUAUGUUUGUUUUAAAGAACAUGUUCUGUCCCUUUUAAUCGAGUCUGUGCAGUUUGAAAUGAAGUAAAAAGGAAAUGAUUAGAGUGAGUUUGGUCCAUGAAUGUCUCCCUUCUGUAUCUCACUUUAAUUAGCAUGUUUGUCUGUUACUUUAAAUUUAUGAAACCUGUUUUCUCUCCAACAGUAUUGAGAAGGUCCAGCUGCCUGACAUGGGCUCCUAUCAAUGCGCUGUUUUAUCGGAGAGCCAACAGAUUCUGUCUGAGGAGGGGGGAAUCCAGCUGGAGGGUGAGUUCAUCUUCAGCCACGGCAACAAAAAUAAGCAGGUCCUCUUUGAGGGAUCUGAGGUUUUAUUUGGAUUGGAUUGAGUCCCUGAUUCAGCUAAAUCCUCCUCAGGUCUUCCUCAUUUCUCGGUGGAACCCCAGCACAUCUCUGUGGUGGCCAACGUAACCCUGAGCCUGAGGUGUGUGGCCCAUGGACCUCCAGAGCCAGUCAGGGUCAUCUGGCUGCAGGACGGCGCUCCUCUCAACUCCCUGACAGACCCGGUGGCCCUCUCGCCAUCAACACUCAACCUCACAGGUAUCGUCUUUCACCCUUUAUUACCCCAGCGGGCUUAAGCUCCAUGUACACAGCUUGGUUUAACCAUUAAAACACACGGCCUCAGUCAACUCCUCUUACUUUGAAAUGACACAGCCUGAUGUUCAGUGACGUGGAGGAACAGUCUGGGGCUUUAGCUCCGAAAUGUUUGGUCUAUAAAGUUUGUGAAGUGUUACAUAACUUCUGAAGAAGAGUGGAAAACUUUUUAGUUAGCAGUUGCAGGAUAGUUCCACAAUCAUGUCUUUGGACUGAUUAAAAUGUUCUCCCUCAAAACCUACGCGGUUAACAUCCACCAAACUUUAAAAGACCUUCAAGCCUCCUUUCCAGGUGUAGGUGCCAUAUGCAGAAGUGGUUAGGUUUGUGUGUGUUGACAUCAACUGUCUGGGCUGCACCUUUCAUGCACGUCACGAGGGGGUGUGGUCAAGGCGCGAUGAUUGAAUGAUUGAAUGAAUGGACAUAUAGUCACCUGGGUGCUGCGGCGGCUGCAUGGAGAGGGGGUGAGUAGGGAGAGCGUAUUUUUUGUUGACCGCUUGAUUUAAACGUCAAACUAAGCCCAUAGAUCAUCUUGCCUUGCCUUGCCCUGUCUGUCUGUUUGUGCGGCGUUGGAAAUAAAUGUGAACUCAAUCGGAAAACACGGAAAUGGCUUGUGGUUUGUGUAGCGAGUCACCAAUGCGGAAGCUCCCUCACUUAGCCUCUCAGUGACUUUGUUUUCGUUCCUAGUCACUAUAGCUGCGUCCGAAUUGCCAAGUAGUAGUCGAAGUAGUAGUCGAAGUAGUAUCUAGCAUGUCCGAAUUGGCCACCGGAGCGAGUAGCAUGCUACUUCAGAUACUACUUCAGAUGCUAGACACGCCCACAUUGUAGGUUGGUCUCGGUGCAUCCUACGGGCAUGCUACUGACCCAAAAUGCACCGCGGGCUUCUUCUUCGUCCUCUUAAAAGUUGUAGAAGCGCAUGUGAUGCUAGCGCCACCAGCCGCUCUGCCUAUUUAAAUGUGUCGCGAACGCCGGCUGGCCGCAGCAGCGCGCACCAUGUCGGAGCAGCAGCAGCAGCAGGCAGGACCGCAGCAGUACAGAUGUAAGUUUCAUGUAACUUCACACACUGUCCUAAAAAAUGUGCGGUUGUAUCUCUUUGUCAUGUCAUGGUGUCAUAUUUGCCCAAGUAAUCAUUUUAUGAGCAAGUGGCGAAAUCAUGGAGGUAAAGCUCACUUAUUCCAUCAUUAAACUGCACAGCUGCAGUACUACAGCCAGGCCCGCAGAUGAGGGGCUUCAGUUACCACUGUCUGCACGGGCGCAGUACCUACUCUCUGCCUGCGGGGGUCGUCUUUCCCCACCGCUCGUCUAGUGUGUCCGAAUUGGGCCAACGUUUUUAGUAUGUAGGAGUAGGAUCUAGCAGUAGCACGUAGCAGUAGCAUGUAGUAUCCGAGCGGGCAGUUCGGACGCAGCAUCUAUUUUGUCAACAAAAAAGGAGUACCAACACCCGAACGGCAUAUACGGACGCGAUCACGCCACACGGUGUCUAACUGCAACGCCAGACUGAUCGCAACGUGGACUUCAGACCGGUAGGACUGUAUCACUCGCAUCCAUUCAUUCUGUGUAUGUUGGACGGAACGCAGUUUGAUUACAGCGCAUACAGCGCAUCCAUUGGGGAGCGCUGUGCGUGUGUGAAAGUCCGCUGAGACAGCCUGUCCUGCUCGUUGAGAGUAAAUACCUGUGGUGUUUUCCGAUGUUAAUUGAUGUGAAACAAUCUGUGGAAAAAUAAAACUAUGCUGGGUGUAUUGUGGAUUCACUGCGCGAACCACUGAACUGCCGAAUCUCAAAAGGACAAUAUGAGUGAAGCCAUGGAACAAGUGGAAAACAACGAAACUGUGGUUGCUAAAAGGAAUGUGAAACUUACUGCAAAAGCAUUGGCAUAUAAAGUGGUAAAUCUACAAAAUGAACGUAAAACACAUGUGAAUAAAAUAAAAGGCUUAAUACCUGCAAUGAAAGAGCUGAUGAAACGAAAGGAAAAUGUACAGGAAGUGAAAUCUCAGUUGCAAACUAUUACUCAGCUCCUUGAUACUGCUGUCAACUUGCAUCAAACAAUAAUUCCACUGUUACCUGAGGAUGAAAAACUUAAACAGAAUGAUUGGUUCUCCAGUAUUGAACGUUACAGCAGUACAUUCAAGGAUGAUGUGAUUCAGUGGUUGGAUGAGAAUGAACAUGUUCUAAAUAUCGUGGAUAAUGAUGAGGCCGCAGCAACAAAGCAUGUGUGUGACCCUCAAAUAGAUGAUGCUUUACAGGCAGCAGCACAGGACACAGGCCCCAUCACACCUUAUGAAGGUCCACAGGAUGACGUGAACCCAAGUGAUAGCAUAUCAAAUGUGCAAAGCAAACGAUCUGCAAAAAGUGCUGUGAGUGGAAAAAGCUCUGGGAGUGGUAAAAGGUCCAACGUAUCAGGAACUUCUUCUGCUCGCAUCAAGGCAGAAGCUGAUUUAGCUGCACUGAUGGCACGGCAAAAACUUUUACAGGACAGACAUGCACUGGAAGAGGAGGAGCAGCAAAUACGGAAACGCAAGGAAAAGCUCAAGUUGGAUGAAGAGAUUGCUGCACACUUGGCUAAAGUGAGCGUUCUAAGGGCUGCAAGCAUAUCUGGUUCGAAAAGUAUUACAACAGACAGGUCCAAUGCAAUGAGUUCCUACGUUAAAAAUGAACAAGAAACAACAAAGUUCAAUGUCAAUGCCACUCCUUUCAUUCCUCUGAGGCUGGAAACAUCUAAACAGCAAUCGAAAAUCAUGGACAGUGACCCUGUGACAAGGCCUAAAUCAGAUGGAUCGACCCAUGCUGUUCACUUUCAGCCUCCCACUUUGAAGAGCCACUUACCUGAUUUUAAUCCUCUGCUCAAUGCUCAUAAUGAUCACUUACAUCAUGGAAUCAGUCUUAAUGUUGGGGAUUCAGCAAGUCAUGGGGAGCAAAACAAUGUUCUUGACAUCAUGAAAAGACAGAAUGAAAUUACAACACUACUGAUACAACAGCAGCAACAUGCGCUCUUGCCUAAAAGAGACAUCCAGGUGUUUGAUGGUGACCCACUGCAGUUCCAUACGUUCCUGAGAGCCUUUGAAAACUGUAUUGAAAGCAAGUCCAACAGUCAUAGUGAUUGCCUGUACUUCCUCGAGCAAUACACUAGAGGUCGUCCAAGAGAUCUUGUGAGAAGCUGCCAGCAUAUGGACCCAAACAGGGGCUAUGCUCAAGCUAAAAUCCUAUUACAAGAACAUUUUGGGGAUGAACAGAGGGUUGCUGCUGCUUAUAUGGACAAGGCGUUGUCAUGGGCCCCAAUAAAAUCAGAGGACGUUAAAGCUCUCCAAGAUUAUAGCCUAUUUCUCAGAGGCUGCGCAAAUGCGAUGAACGAAGUGCAGUAUAUGUUCGAAAUGGAUAUGCCUGCUAACAUGCUGACAAUAAUAAAAAAACUGCCUUACAAGCUGAGGGAUCGAUGGAGGACAACUGCUUGUGAAAUACAAGAAAGACGUAACCAAAGGGCUACAUUUAAUGAUAUUGUCCAUUUCAUCGAAAGGCAAGCAAAGAUUCUAACAGACCCAGUAUUUGGAGACAUUCAAGACUCAUCACCAGCAGCAAACAGAUGCAUGAAUCGAACCAGCUUAAAACCUAGAUCUCGGCCAAAGGGAAGUAGUUUCGCUACAACAGUGACUACUGUACAGCACAAUUACACAGCAACAAAAGGAAGGAGGCCAGACACAACCUCAUCAGCCAAGAAAGUCUGUCUGUUUUGUGAGGGUGGGCACAUGUUGGAGUAUUGCUCUCGAAUGGAGAAGAUGACUCACACUGAAAAGAUCACCUUUUUAAGGGAAAAGGGAAUAUGCUUCGGCUGUUUGUGUAUAGGACACAUCAGCAAGGACUGUCGAAAGCGUCUAUCAUGUAAAGUGUGUAGUUUGAAACACCCCACAGUGCUUCACAUCCAUUCAAAGGAAAAGGACCCAGUGACAGAAGAAGAACCAGGCGCCGCAGUGGGCUGUGCUCUGGUAUCUAAUGGGUUGACUGGGGCUGGUGGCCAUGAGUGCAAGCUUCCUAUAGUUCCUGUAUUGGUAAAAUCCAAGAAAGGUAAUCAUGUAGUGGCUACUUAUGCCUUCUUGGAUCAAGGUAGCACGGCUGUUUUCUGCACAGUAAACCUCAUGAACAAGCUCAACCUCUCAGGAAAAAGGACAAGAAUCCUUUUGCGGACAAUGGGUCAGGAGAAGGUCGUUAACAGCUGUGUGGUCACGGGACUGGAGGUGGCCGGUUUGGACGGAGAGACGUACUGUGAUUUGCCCAACACCUAUACACAGGAGUGCAUGCCGGUGCAUAGAGGAAAUAUUCCGCGUCAAAAGGAUCUCGAGAGGUGGGCAUACUUGAGAGAUGUUCACUUACCUGAUAUCGACUCCGAAGUUGAGCUGUUGAUUGGAACAAAUGUACCAAGGGCACUGGAACCAUUACAAGUCAUCCGUAGUGUGGACAAUGGACCGUAUGCCAUCAAGACUAUCUUGGGUUGGACUGUUAAUGGGCCACUGGGGGGAGACAGUGGCGAUGGAAUGGAUGUUGUGACCGUUAACAGAAUUUCAGUCCUGAACUUGGAGGAGCUCUGGCAGCAGCAGUUCAGAACAGAUUUCCCAGAAUGUGGCUACGAUGAGCAACCUGGCCAGUCAAGAGAGGACCAAAAGUUCAUGAAGUUGGUCCAGGAUUCAGCCAAGCUUGUAGAUGGUCAUUACCAGAUUGCAUUGCCCCUGCGAAGCUCCGUGACCAUGCCAAACAACAAGAAGGUUGCCGAGCAGCGUGCUCUAAACCUGAAGAGGAGGUUCAAAAGGGACUCGUUAUUUCAUCAGCAGUAUACUGAUUUCAUGAAUGAUAUGGUCACCAAGGGAUACGCAGAGCAAGUACCUUCAGAUGAGCUGGCACGUACUGAUGGAAGAUUGUGGUAUAUCCCACACCAUGGUGUGUAUCACCCUCAAAAAGGAAAAAUCCGUGUGGUUUUUGACUGUGCUGCCACUUUCCAGUCAGCAUCUCUCAACGCUCAACUGGUGCAAGGGCCGGAUCUCACUAGCUCACUGAUUGGCGUCCUGGCCAGAUUCCGGAAAGAACCGGUUGUGAUCAUGGCAGACAUAGAGUCCAUGUUUCACCAAGUAAAGGUGCCAAGGGAAGACGCUGAUCUACUGAGGUUUCUCUGGUGGCCCAACGGUGACUGCACCCAAGAUCUGGUAGACUUCAGAAUGUUGGUACAUCUUUUUGGUGCAACGUCCUCACCAAGUUGUGCUAACUUUGCAUUGAGGAAAUGUGCUAAGGACAAUGAAGAACAGUUCUGCCGAGAGACCAUUGAGAGGAUUCUGCACUGCUUUUAUGUGGACGAUUGUCUGGUGUCGACGGCCAGUGAGGAAGAAGCAGUGGCACUGUAUCAUGACCUGGUCUCUGUAUGUGCCAAAGGAGGCUUUAAGUUGACCAAAUGGAUGAGCAAUAGCCGUGCAGUGAUGGCAGCAAUUCCAGGGGACCAAAGAGCUAAGGGCAUGAAGGACCUGGAUUUGGACCAUGACCUGCUACCAGUGGAGAGGGUGCUCGGGGUGCAAUGGUGCAUCCAGUCUGAUGUCUUCAAGUUUAGAAUCCUGGUGCAGGACAGGCCCCUGACAAGGAGGGGGAUCCUCUCUGUCAUCAGUUCAGUAUAUGAUCCUCUAGGAAUCCUGAGUCCCAUUGUUCUUUCUGCCAAGAUCAUCCUGCAGGAGCUGUGUAGGCAAAGACUCGGUUGGGAUGACCCUAUACCACCAUCAGCUGCACAGGAAUGGACGAGCUGGUUAGAGGAGCUCCAUCAGUUAGAGCACUUCCAGGUUUCGCGGUGCCUUAAACCCCCAGACUUUGGUGAGGUCACUGUGGCGCAACUGCACCAUUUUACAGAUGCAAGUAAUAAUGGUUAUGGUGUAGUGACCUACCUUCUCCUGCGGAAUGCAUGUUCCCAGAUGCACAGCAGCUUUGUCAUGGGAAAGUCCAGGGUGUCUCCUUUGAAGCCGGUCUCAAUACCCCGUAUGGAGCUCACAGCUGCUACAAUGGCAAGCCGUCUGGACACCUUUUGGAAAAAGGAGUUGCACAUCUCAUUAAUAGAGUCAACGUUUUGGACUGACAGCACCUCUGUGCUGAAGUACAUCAGGAAUGAGACUUCCAGGUUCCGUACCUUUGUCGCCAACAGGGUAGCAGAAAUACUCAAAGUGUCAGAUCCAUCGCAGUGGAAGUAUGUAAACACCCUAAGCAAUCCUGCAGAUGUGGCCUCCAGGGGACUGAGGGUUGACAUGUUCCUGAGGAACAAGGCGUGGUUGUCAGGACCUGCAUAUCUCCUGCAACCUGAACGAGACUGGCCUGUGAGUCCAGAUUGCUUGGGCGAACUCCUGCUGAACGAUCCAGAAGUCAAGGCCAGUGUGGCAGUGAAUGCAGUGCAGGCCUCAGAGGAUGUGGAUGCAACCACUCAACUAAUCCAUCAUUUUUCCUCUUGGACCCAUCUGAGAAGGGCUGUGGCUUGGUUUCUCAGGCUAAAAAACAUGCUGCGGGGUCUCAGCCAGAAGAGGACAUGGACUGACUCUGCGUCCACUCAGUCGGAGUCAGGGAAACAACAAAGACCGUCCUCGGAGCUUGGAAAAGGAGGGUUCAAAGACCUGGCACCGAGAGGUUUCCUCACGGUAGACGAGUUGCAGGUAGCUGAAAAGGAAAUCAUCAGGUUUUGUCAGAGGAAGAGGUUUCCUGAUGAACUCUCUAGUUUGCAGGAGGGCGAAAGUGUGAAAAGGAGAAGUCACAUCUUCAAGCUCGCUCCUGUGUCGGAGGAUGGUAUCCUGAGGGUUGGUGGUCGGUUGAGCCGAGCAGCCUUACCUGAAGACGCAAAACACCCUGCCAUUCUGACCAAAGAGCUCCACAUUUCAGACGUUCUCCUGAGACACAUACAUCAACAAGUUGGUCAUGGAGGACGCAACUACAUGUUGUCCAAACUACGUGAAAGAUACUGGAUUCCUGGGGUCAGCACAGCCAUAAGGAGAAUUUUGUCAAAGUGUGUUGUCUGCCGCAGGUUGCAAGCUGCCCCAGGGUGUCAGCUGAUGGCUGAUCUUCCUGUUGACAGGGUCUGCCCAGACGAACCUCCAUUCACCAGAGUCGGUGUGGACUACUUUGGACCAUUCGAGGUUAAGAGCCGGAGGAACAUUGUAAAGAGAUAUGGAGUCAUGUUCACCUGUUUGGCAAUACGGGCUGUUCAUAUCGAAGUGGCUCCUUCGCUGGAUACAGACGCCUUUAUUAAUGCACUACGACGAUUCAUGGCAAGACGUGGCCAAGUCCAAGAAAUUCGAUCAGACAAUGGAACGAACUUUAUUGGAGGAGAGCGUGAGCUGAGAGAGGCUAUCAGAGGUUGGAAUCAAGCUCAGAUAAAUGGUGUUCUUCUUCAGAAGGAGGUGAAAUGGAUUUUUAACCCCCCAGCUGGAUCGCACCAUGGUGGUGCCUGGGAAAGGUUGAUCAGAUCAGUGCGCAAGGUCUUGAACUCCAUCUUGAAGUUCAAAAUCUGGAUGAGGAGGGAUUACACACUGUCCUCUGUGAGGUGGAAGCAGUCAUUAACGGCCGUCCAAUUACUAAGGCCUCAACCGACCCUAACGACCUCGAAGCUCUGACACCUAACCAUCUCUUGCUGUUGAAAACCUCUCCUUCCCUGCCACCUGGGCAGUUUCAAAGAGACGACAUCUACGCUCAUCGACGCUGGAGGCAGGUCCAGUACAUGUCUGAUUUAUUUUGGAAGCGAUGGACUAAGGAGUAUUUGCCACAGUUGCAGGAACGUCAGAAGUGGACUGGUAUCAAGCGCAACUUUGUAGAAGGGGACGUUGUGCUUAUUGUGGAUGAAACAGCACCACGGAACUCGUGGGUCAUGGGAAGGGUUAUCCAAACCUUCCCAGACAGAAGAGGAUUUGUGCGACGGCUGCAGAUCAAGACCAAGACCAGCUCCUUGGAAAGGCCCAUAACCAAAGUCUGUCUUCUGCAGGAAUCGGAUGCCUGACUCUUCCGUUCUGGAAGGAUAGUUUGAUUGACUUUACUGACCGACAGCACGACAUGACUUUCCUCCGUGAAGCUGUGUGUCUGAACUUUUGAACUUGGCUAGACUUGACUUGUGUUCCAGGAAGAAGAGCACAUUGAUGAACUGUAUUGAUGGACUAUUACAAGAACAUUGGUGGAUUUCGUGGUUCGUUUAUUUGUCAUAGUGUAAUUAUUAUAAUGGUAAUAAUUAGGGGCUGGGUUGUAGGUGCCAUAUGCAGAAGUGGUUAGGUUUGUGUGUGUUGACAUCAACUGUCUGGGCUGCACCUUUCAUGCACGUCACGAGGGGGUGUGGUCAAGGCGCGAUGAUUGAAUGAUUGAAUGAAUGGACAUAUAGUCACCUGGGUGCUGCGGCGGCUGCAUGGAGAGGGGGUGAGUAGGGAGAGCGUAUUUUUUGUUGACCGCUUGAUUUAAACGUCAAACUAAGCCCAUAGAUCAUCUUGCCUUGCCUUGCCCUGUCUGUCUGUUUGUGCGGCGUUGGAAAUAAAUGUGAACUCAAUCGGAAAACACGGAAAUGGCUUGUGGUUUGUGUAGCGAGUCACCAAUGCGGAAGCUCCCUCACUUAGCCUCUCAGUGACUUUGUUUUCGUUCCUAGUCACUAUACCAGGGAUUAAACAAAACAGGGUAAUGACCACACUCCCCAGAGAGCCGGCCUGCUGGCACAAUACCAGUGGAUCCAUUGAGGAUGUGUCUGGUGGUUUUUGUGGUUGAUGGGUAAAGGAAGAGCGGCGGGCACAAGAGGGAUUGAAGGGGGAAGGAAAAUAGAUGGGCAGAGGAAAAAGGAAGAUGAAAGAAAUAAGGAGAGAAAAGCUUCUGUUCCUGCUUGAAUGCAAACCACGGCUGCAUGCCAGCUAGAUGGUCUGUGUUCAGUCCAGUGGUAGGAGGACAGGCUGAGUCAGACAGGAGGAGGGAGGAGCAGGCGGCAGGAUCUGUUUUGACUCAUCGGAGCAGGCUGGCUGGUGCUGACCAGAGCCCGUUUGACGGUAACCUACACUCACGUCUUUGGUAUGGACAGCUGCUUUAGCAGACCACAGGUUCAAACCAGUGAAAACACAAAUAAUCUUUCAAUAGGCCCAUAAAGGGAAAUGGCAUGAAGUACAUGCCAACCAUGAAGAAGUCCAGAGCAAAACACAUGCCUGGGGCUCACAGUAAGAAGAGGUUUCCUCCGGUUCAUGUGUGAUGAGCAGUGAAGAAACCGAAGCUCUUUAUCUGCUCAGUCCAUCAGUUUCAGGAGCAGGUUGAUAAGGUUGAGUGAUUCCAAGUCCUUUGUAUCCUGAGACAGAAAUCUUUAAGAGAUUUACUGCAACUUAUGAGUUCAUGUGGUAAUUUAAAGUGACACAAUAACACACUGUCCCUGUACUGAUUAGAAAUGUGCAAAAACGGGUCCAAAAGUCCUGUGCUGCGAACGAAACUACAGGAAAACCUUAAAUAUUGUUCCUUUCAAAUAUAAAAGUCAUUCAUGAAGUAAAACGCUUAAAUAUUUACACACUUCAGCUUCUACAAAUCUUAAAAUUUAAUAAUAAUAACUUUAUUUUUAAAGCACUUUUAAAAACAGAAGUUUACAAAGUGCUUUGACAUACAGUCACAGAGCACAUGGAAAAAGACAUAAAAAAACAAAAAGCUCAUUUAAAACAGAAUUAAAGGCCGUUUUCAUGUCAUGAAGAACCCAGAAAAUGCAAGAACCAUGCAACAUAAAAUGAGGCCAUGAGGACCAAAACAAAAACAUGAAAUAGUUCAGAAAAAGAAAAUGCAAUUAAAUGGGGGUGUUGAAAGUGGAAACAGGAUAGUCAAAAUAAAAGACAAUUUCAAUAAUGAUAACCAAAUAAUAACAAGUAAGAUUGAUAAUAAUAGUAAUGAUAAAACAGAGCAACAGAAAUGAGCAAGGGAAAAAACAAUAAAAGGCCUAAAAGGUUAAUUAAGAAAAGAAGAUAACAAAUAGUUUAACAAAAGCUAAAAACAUAGUAAAGCUGAAAUAAGAUCGAGGUAGAAGAGAAAAGAGAUGACAGAGAAACGAUCAAAAAUAAAAGAUAAUAAAAACGACAUCACAUAAAAGCAAAUCUGUGAAAGUGAAAAAAAAGUUAGAAGCUUUUUCCCUUUUAUUUUUUAAACUUCUUUACAUUUCAAAUCGUAAGUCUACUAAAAAAAUCAUCCCUCUGAAAUGAUCCUGGAUCAUCAUCAGGCCUCAUCACCAUUUCAGUUCAAACACUUCUUCAUCAGCACAAACACAUCGUUGAUUUUUGAUUAUGAAAAUAUGAUUUAAUACUCAUAUUGAAAACCAAACUUAAAGCCCAGUAUGUCACAGUUUUAAAUAGUUUCAGAUUUUACUUCACAAGAAAGGGAAGCACUAAACUCAUCGUCCGCUGACAUCAGCACUGUUGGUCAACGCGGGGAGGCUUAUGUGUUCCUCCUGGUGACCGAUUAUGACGGUUUCAGCUGACCGGGGGGGUGUUGUGUUGCGGUUUUCUGACUGGGAAGGAAAGAGACACAAGGGCAAGUGGUGCAAUUUAGCGAUGGCCUGAUGGGGAGUUAAUUCACCCACACAGCAGUGGUCAUCCCUCGGCCCUCCCUUCUUUUCCUCUCUCACAAUCCCUCACUUCACCCAGCGAGGAUCGUACCCCCUGUUCUUUUUCCGGCCUCAGCACAAUGGAGGCAUGGUGCCGUCGGCGCAGAGCAACACUGCGUAAUGCUGUGCGAGUGUCAGUUUGUGGCUGAUUGACAAUGUCAGGGUGUUAGAUAACCGUGAUAAAACUCAAAUGUCACAUGUUUCAGAGUGUGUGUGUUUUUGUUGUGGAAUGAUUCGAGAGUGUGUGUGAGCACGCUCUGAGUCACUUUGUGAGAGGACUCAUUCUCUGUUGACUGUCAGAGUGUGUCACUCUGUUUGCCCCCUUCAGAGGAGCCGGGGCCUCUUCAGGCUUUUUUCACCUGGACUUCAACAUGUCGGCUCUCUUUGUUCAUGAAUCUACACAGCAGAGAAUAUUCAACUUUGGCUGCUUUACAACUUUAGAACUGCUAUCAGAUUGUCAGAUUAAUAAUGAUACUUUGGUUUCAGAUAGAGGAAAGUGUGAUUCAUGUACAGUUUAGUUCCCCAUUGCAACUAAAGCAUUCUGAAAAUCUCCAUAAAAGUGAUCUGCAUGUCUAAAAAUGACCUGGGGCUGUUUGAAGGAUUUAUAACUGUGACCUUAUGGGUCCUUAUGCUGGAGAAAGUGAGAUUUGGUGGAUGUGAAGGCACUUCUUUGGACCUGGAUCCGGAUACAAACAGAGCUCAAGCUUCGCGUUCUUUAGAGCCUUAUUUUUGCAUUUUUGCAUGUAUCCUUGAGGUUUAUGAAUACAUACAUACAUGUAUAUAAAUAUAUAUAUAUAUAUAUAUAUAUAUAAGCGACUAAAAAGUUUGACUAUGCGCGCAAAUAGCUGUGAAACACCUGUGCUUCAUGAUUAACUCUUUUUAUCUCAAAGAAAAUCUGCCAUUUUACUAUGUCCAAACAUCCCGACUCACAGCCACGUUAUUCAGGUCUGUAAUAAACUAAAGCAUUUGUAAAUCUGUCAAGAUUUCAGCGAGUUAAGAAUAUUUUACUCACCUCCUUAGCUACCAGAGAGCAUACCAGAAUAGUGUACUGGAGUAAGAUGGCCGCCGUGUUAGACUUUCUUAUAUAUAUAUAUAUCUAUGUUACGAUAACGGGCCAGACAGAGCAGUACCACCGGAAACCGCGGGGGCAGUGUUGUUGCUGUCACUACACGAUACGCAUCUCUAAAGAGAAAAGAAGACAGUGGCGGGACGAAGCAAGUUGUCGAAUAUCACGGCAAACAUCCUAAAGUUACUGGAAAUGACGAUCGUCGUCAGUUUCUCUCAUCGGUACGACUAGAAAAAAUAAUUCUCCGUCCUCCACCGGCGAGGCAUUUAGUGUCCUGACCGACCACUACCUCCUUCAACGCUGCCUCUGUUUCUGUCUCUUAAGCAAAAUCUACAUUAUCACUAUCUCCCCCACGGUCGCCAUGUUUGUUUUUGUUUGUUUGUUGUCAGAAACGUUUGACUCCGGCCUGCCCCCUGGUGGAUGUAAUGGUUAACAGUCAUGCCGACGUAGAGGACACAUGGAAAUAUGUGGGCAGCGACGGAACCAUCGUUUGAAACGUUUGGCGAGCAUAAAUGAGCCGUUGGUCCACAGUUUUUAAACGUAUAAAAACGCCGUUUAAAGCAGGAUCAUCUCACUGAUUCCCAUCACUUCUUCUCACUUCGGUUUGAACUUUCACACUCUCUCACACCACCCUGCAGCAUGCUGAGCACAGGUUCUUGGUGUUAGAAAUACCCUGAAUGUUCCUGCCUUACACGUCUAUGUCGUUUCCGUCCAGGUCUAAACAGGACCAGCACCUUUUCUUGUGAGGCCCAUAACCGCAAAGGUGUGGCCACCUCUGGAUCUGGAACCAUCACAGGUAGGCAUCACAUUGUCAGCCCUUUUUUUCCAGUUUGGUUGCAGGUUUUUAAUUCAUGAUUAUUCAGCAUUGAAGUCUUUGUUUUUAACGAGUUUACUGUCUCUCUGUCUGUAGUUCUUCCAUCCCAGCCUCGGAACCUGAGAGCUGCAGAGAUCACCCCGACCAGUCUUCGAAUAACAUGGCAGCCUGGUUUUGGAGGCGACUACCCGAUUGUUCGUUGUUCUGUUCAGGUGAGACGACAUCCGCCAAAAUAUGAGGAGAGACUGAAACCUCUGCAGCUGUUUGACCUGCUUUUCAAACAAAUACAUCGCUCUUCCUUUAUGCAGACUCGUCGUACCUUUUUGCAAGCCCAGUUUUAAAGAAAAGAGAGUUUGCUUUCUUCUUUUAACUCAUCCUCUACCCUCCCUGUUUUAUUCAUGUACCAGUGGAUCAGGUUUCACUCUGGGAAAGUGGCCUCCUGGACUAAUCUUAUGCAGCACCACUCCCUCUCCCUCUCUCUCUCUCUCUCCCUCUCUGGUGUGGCCACUACAGCUCUUAGCAGAGAGGAGGAACUUUUUCUCCUGGAGAAGGGAGCAGUGCAGCACCACCCCUAAACGUCUGGUUCUAAUAAAGCUGCCCCUCAUACCUCUUGCUGUUCUUACCCCCACCCCUCCCCUUCAGCCCUCCCUCACCCUCAUGGGGAACAAGGCGAGGGGCCAGCCUCGGCAGAAUGGGGCAAAAAUCUGAAUUUAACGGCUCAUUGUGUGCUGAAGGGAAACAUGAAAAAGCGAACUGUGUGGGGAGAAGAGAGAUAUGAAUGUACUACAGAAAGAAAGACGGGGAGAUGGAGAAAGAGAGCGAACAAAAGAGAGAAUGAACAGACAGAUGUAAAGGAGAGAAAGUCAGUCAGAAGAAACAGGAAGAGGCAGUGACAGCAGGUAUUGUGGGUCUGAGCCAUACAAGGGGAAUGUAGUCUGAAGUGUGACUCAGGGCUGAGCUGUACUAUCAGAUUAAAUAGUUGUUUACAGGCGGAGCGGUGAUUCAUGGAGUCAGGAAUGGAGCUCAUUCUCUUUCUCUCUCUCACACACACACACUCAUUCACAGGAUUUAUUAUUCUUUUGGAUCACACCACGAGCUCACGCCAUCACUGACCCAGCUUCUUAUGAGACCUCUGAAUUAAGGCUGCACGAUAUUGGAAAAAAAUAAUAUUGCGAUUUUUUCAACCCUGCGAUAUAUAUUGCGAUAUUAAAAAUACAGUAUUUUCACCAGAUGACCUGAAUAGCACUUAAUGUUAUGCUGCACUGCUGAAAUCUUGAGGACAGUUAAUCUGCUCUGAUUUUACCUCUUUUUGUGAAUGUUAGUAGAACGGCUUCUGUCUGUCUCAGAGAUAUUUUUAGCUUUUAUUGUUCUGGGACGUUAUUGUGGCAACAGAUGAACACAUAACACGUGUUUUGGUCGACAUCAUCCUUCUUUUAACCGAAAUAAUUCCAGAUAACUGACUUUCCUUUUCUUUUUGGCAACAAAUCUUCAUUUUCGGUGGUUUUCGCUUGUUCGUUGUUCAUUUUGCGAUCGUUGUUGUUGUUGUUAGCGGUGUUGUGCCGAGAAACGCAUGUCCUCCGAGAAUUGCAUGCACCUCGCAAAACGCGCACCGCUUAUAGUAGAGUGGUCCACGGAAAUGUACAAUUUAAAACCCAUACAGUUCUUAUUUGUUGGGCUUAAUAGUCAUGAGUAAAGUUCCGAAAGUAAUUCUCAGCCGACACACGUCUCCCUCCAUGUGCAGAACAUGUGCAGGGGUGGGUUUUCUCCUCCCUGAUUUUGAUUGACAGCUGGCAGGGUAGUCUGAUUGGCAACUGAUAAGUGAGUCUGAUUGGCAACUGAGUUAAGGACGAAGGCGAUUGGUGGAUCGCUGCACAGCACAUGCAGAGUCACAUGGAGUGUAUCUCAGUCGGUUACCCUUGAAAUUAAAUGAGUUCAUUCACCUCCAAUAUCACAGGCUCUGCGAUGUGACUAUCGCACACACGUACAUCGCGAUGACGAUAGUCAAACGAUAUAUCGUUCAGGCCUACUCUGAAUACUCAUGUUGUUUUGAGAGUCAUAGUCGAAGCCGUUCAAAGUCGCACCUGCUGCACUCACAUGUCUGUUGUUUUUUUGUGGCUGCUCAUUUGUUAUUCUGCUGUUUCUGCAGUCUGAUCUCUUACUGUGAAGCCCACCCUGCGUAUUACUAACUGCAGCCUCAAACCUGUAGGAGAUCUUUUAUAAUGAGCCAAGCUGCCGAGAACAAUCGUCCAGAUCUGCAUCUUUAAUGUGGUUUGAAGAUUGCUGCAAUGAAGGAUUUUUCCUGGCUUGUGUUCCUCUUAAAAUGUGUUUACCACCGAGAAUUUGCAGAGGCAGCAGGUUUCUGACAGGAGGUUUGUUUGAUGGCUUCUGCUUUCACUGCACCUUUUUAAGCCGGGGUCAUGUUUAAAGCUGCAGUGAAGCAGAUUUUUACACCAUUUUUGGCUUUUAUCACUUUAAUGACCAUCCCCCCACCUCUAUUACUGCACACACCAACUCCAACCUCCUGACUUUUCCUCCACUAAACUCUGUCUCCAAACUCUGUUUUUUGUUCUGUGUGUAGAAAUGAAAAUCAUGUUUUGAUUACAAAAAGAGGAAGUUUUUUUUUCCAAUCCUUUAAAUGUACGUGAUUGAAUUUCUAACUUUAACCUACAAAAAGAUUUUUUCCAGUUAGAGCAUUUAUAGUGCCAGUAUUGUCUAUUCAUGCACAGUUUUUUGCACAAUUGUUGUAAUCAACUGCAGAAAAAUGGUGAUAUUUGUUAAAUUUAAUGGAUGUAUUUGUUGCUAAGUUAAGAACAGUGUCUUGUUUGUGUUUUCAGACACCAAAGCUGAUAACCCGCUCUGAACUCUAGUCUAAACAGCGGUGCGGGCCAAAACUCUUUUCAAACUGUUGUCUGUAUUUUCCAGGCCAAGCAUUCGGGGGAGCCUUACACCGCCGGCCCAGAUAAGAUGAUCCACAACCAGAAUGUGAACAUCCCACCAGCCACACACUUCAUCGGGGACCUGGAGCCCCACACCCUGUACGCAGUCAGGGUUGCCUGUCACAGCAGCCAGGGUCCGUCUGACUGGUCUCCCUGGGUGGAGCUACGCACCAAAGAAGGAGGUGAGCCCUCCAAGUGGAGAGAUGUUUGUUUUCACUCUGUGAAGUGUGUGCGUGGGAUCACCUCCUUUUAAGUGAGUCAGGGUCAAGGCUGUGUUCUCGGGCUACUGAUUGAGGUCCAAGUCCAAGUCUCCUCCUACUCCUGCAGAGGACUGUAACCACUACAAGACAGAGGCAGAAACAUGCAUGGUUUAGUGACCUGUUUGGAGAGUUUUGGAUUGUUUGCGCAUAAAUCAUGUGCAAACUUUACUUUUUUGCAUUUAAAUACUAGUUAUUUCAUUUCUUCUCCAUGCAGGGGUUAAUGAUUAUAAAUGUUGUACUGUAGCUGUUUUUAAUGACUGCUUAAACUAAUAGUUUUCAGUCAAAUACUCAAAGAAAGUCACCUUCCUGACCCCUGGGGUGCAGGGUCUCAUACUGAAAGAUGGUACAUUUAAAGACGUUCCCUUAAUUAUCAAGACCAGUCAGAUGAUCUUUGAAAGAGCUUGUGCCCCAUGUCUAAUUUCUUCUGCUUUUAUUAUGAUUUUUUUAGCCUGUCAGGCACGUUGGGAACAUACAGUCUGUUAUUAUAAGACGGAGUCUGUGAAUCAAGUUUCUGUGCACCGCUAGUCAUAAUAUUUCUUUAUGUACCCGUUCACUUAGUCUGUGUUUAUGAAGAGUACCAGACACGAGUCACUGUACCUCCACCAGCCCAGUUUCAAAAGUAAACUCAUGAAGAAGAAGGCUGCCUGACUGGUCGUGAAGGGACAGAGUAGGAGGAGGCGGAGCCAAGCUGAGGAGAAGGAGGAGGAGGAGGGUGGAGGUUAAAGUCGCCUGAAAGGCCUCAGUUAGGGUUGUACCACUCUGUCAGUGUUUGAGUUCGAACCGAGGUGGGAUUUUCCAUGCCAGCUCAUGCUGUCUCUAUCCCUGGAUAAAUGGGAGUGGAAACAGAGUAGAGGAAAGAUCUGCCACUGGAGGGAUGAUGGGGGCUUUCCAUAGUUGAGGGUUCCUUCUAAUUGAAAAGAUUUCGACAUAACAGUUCUCAUAACUACGGAAAGUGAGAAGUGGAUUUGAAAUGCUUCUCCUUCAGAAAAGGACAAGAAGUUGGUUUGAGACCAAGCGAGCGUUUUCAGGUUUCAGUUCUUGGUUGUGACGGAGUUCUGGUUUUGUUUCAGGGGAAAAAUCUCUGGGUUUUGUUUUCCUCUGGAUUGUACUGCUGCUUCAUUCCUGCACAUGCAGCUCCCUCUGCACUUGUUCCAUUGAGCCAGAGGAUAAAAGGAGACCAAGAUAAGAUUUAUCUUGUGGUCAAAGAUAGUUCAGAAGGUAUUUAAGGCCAAAGACAGGAGAGAGCGAAGGAGGAAAGGUGGGCCGCUCACAGAAAGCUCCCACAAGGCUCUGUUGUUGAGCCUGAAUCUUUCUGUCUUCCACAUUUGUUCCCCGUUAAUAAAUUAGCAGAUUUAUGUGAUUUCAUCCUGGCAUAGACAGCCACAUUUCUGCUCCUCUGUCUCCUCCCUCGUUCUCCUUUUUUCACUUUAUUCAGAUUUGUCCCUGUUUAAUUUCAUGUGAAGUCCAUAAUCGGUCCUCCGGGGCUUCUCUUACUAUCAUGUGGUGCAAUCGCCUCGUUCUACCUCACAUGCUCCAAACUGUUGAGUUUAUUUCCUGCAUCUUAAAAAGCUGAAGAAUUUUUUCCAUACUCAGUCUUUUUAACUUCACCCCCCCGUCUUUCAUUUCCCCCCUUUUUUGACCCCAGAUGACCUUUGAUUUUUCUUUCCACAGCACACAGCGAGGCACUGUGGGAAAGACAAAAAAUAGGGUUAAUGGUGGUGGUGCAUAAGGAAUGGAUGCAAGGGAAGGGGGUGCUUUGAGAAAACACUAAUUUUGCUAUUUUCCCAAAGCUGGCUAUUUUCCCCGGGGGGAGAGAACAGAGGAGAGGGAGGCGGGGGGAGAGGAAGUGAGGUGACCCGCUGUGUCACUCAUCUAAUCCUAAAGCUACACUCAGACUUUCCUCUGUGUACUCUAUCUAUCAGGGCUGUAAAGGCCUACUCGACUGGUCGACUCAUCGGUCGAUACGACUCGAUUUUUCCUGCAUCAAUUUACAGACUUCUUGUGCUGAUAUCAGAAUAUUUUCACCCCGACGAGCUAAACUGAGGGAAGGGUUUGCCGUUAGAGUCGGAACCACCCCCCGAUUAGUCGAUUUUUGGUAGAAAAUUUCAGGGUUUUAGUCGACCAAAAACUUCUUUGUUUGAUAAAAAUCCAAGUAUAUAUCAUAGAAGCAAUGACUGUAUAGAUCUGUGGUUGUACAGUUUCAUGUGUUUCUGUGAUACUAGAUUGAAUCCUGAGCUCUGAUGGAAGUGAGUCACAGCGAAGCGGGUCAUCACACACAUGUGUCACAUUUAAUCCUGCUUAGUGCGACUGAAAGUUUUAGAGGAAUCCAUUUACUCAACAAUCUGCUCUGCUGUCAAAUCUAAACGAGGUGGAUGUCCUUAAAGGACGUUUUCUGAUGACACCGAUAUUUGAGCUGCUGACUGACCCGGGGAUUGUUUCCCCAGCGUAGUGCUGCUGAGUUUGUUUUCAUAAAUGGAUGUUAAAUCCAAAGGUUAUGAGUCAACGUUUGGCUCCAGAAAGACUCCUUUCCAUCCACGUGUUGAGCCACACAGUGACUAACUGUACUGAGAGCAAGAAAUGAGGAGACCAGAGAGAGCAAUAGUGUCUGAAGCUGUCCAACAUGUCCUUUCAACAGUGUGUCUCCUAUAGCGGGAUAUAAAACAGUAGUGCGCCGUACAUCCAGAUGUUAACCUCUGCUGUUGUGAACUAAUUGCAGCUUAAAUUUGUUUGUUUCUCAGCAUCUCGCCAAGUCUCGGCUGCUUUCAUGAGAACAGGAGGAGGAAUUUUUUCUCAGCAGUUUCAUAAAGUGGGAGCAGCAGCAGCAGCAACAACCUCGGGUCCUCCUUUUCCUGGUUUUAACUUCUAAAAUGUUGCAAUGAGAGUCCUUCCAGUAAAAACUGCUUUUUCUCCUCCUACACAAAUUUUUACAUCAACAAUUCACAUCUCUGUUCCCUCGGAGUCGAAGCUCCAUGACAGAAAAGAGAGUGGCAUUACCGCAGAGAGGGCGGCGGUGAGAGGAGAGAAGCUGGAAAGAAGGAGAGGGGAUCAUGUUGGACGGGGACAGGGGGUGAUGUAGAAAGGCUGAAAGCGAUUGGGUAGGACGCAAAGAGGUGGAGAAGGAGGCAGAGAGACCGAGAGAUGACUGGUCCUAGGUGGAGACGAACUCCUGGAACAAACUCCACUUCAGGGCUGUUUUUGCUGCGAGAGCAGGGACCGCAUGUGGAAACAAUCACCCGCCAAAUGCUUCCUGAUAACAUCAUCCGUAGACUGGGCCGUGUUUCCCAAACUCACAGUGACUGGGUCUGUGUGUGUGUGUGUGUGUGCGUCAGUGAGAGUGUGAGUUUGUGUGACUGUGGGCUGCUAAGAGGUUGAGAAGCAAAGACAAAGAAACCCUGAACUCUGACUGCAACAAAGGAAAUAAGCACUGUCGUCUCCUUACUUAAGGGUCCUGGAUUUCUGGGCUAUUCAGAGCUUCAUCCACACACACACUAACACACACAAACACAAAUACACAAAUUCCUCCUGCUAUUUCUAGCAUGUUACUCAGCUAAGUUUUCUCUCCACUCGGUCUUGCUGCCUUUUUUUUCCCCGUCUGCUCCAGAGAGCUGAAAAGAAAAGGACAGAUGAAUGAAUAAAGCUGGGACAAGGAUGGACAGCAUGAAGUUAGCGACCUCAGCAUGUGUCCAUCUGAGUCCACUCAUCCGUGCUUAGACACAGAGGGCCCUCUGGCUUCUGAACUCGGCUAAUCGCCUCUGUCUCUGGCGCUCUCUGCUCGCCUUUUCAUCCUAAUUAAGUUGAAUUCUCUAAAUUCCCUGACAGCGUCUUCAUCCAGCUGUUGUGCUUAUCCACACCCUGGAGGCUCGAGGCUGUCAAAACAACACACGUCCUGGGUAACCCUCAGCCCACUGGCCCCUGACCAACAGGCCCACAGCAGCAGCAGCUCUGUUAGCGUUUAUCUACACCCUCUGCUGCAUCUUCACCUCAGAAAAAGAAUCAAAUCUGUGAACAGAGGUGGAGGAAUGACUUCAAAGAUUUGUCGUGUUUUGUGUUUCAGUGCCAGAAAACCCGCCUGUCAACGUGACCGCCGUUCUGAACGGGACGGAGGUGCUGAUGAUGUGGGAGGAGCCUCCAGGAAAGCUGAAUGGAGAACUGCAGGGUUACGUGGUGGAGUACAGCACACCUGCAGCCCCACAGGUCAGUCCGGGACACCAGAACCUGGUUUAUACUUCAGGAUCAGAUCUGUGACCAAGAACAGGUUCCGUUAGGGACCCACAGUUUUUCACAACCGACACGAUCUCGAUUCCUGAAUUCUGAUAUCUGCUGAUACUGAUAUUAUUCCGAUACCAGCGCUCUGUUAGCUUUACCAUCAUUAUUAUCAUUAUUGUUUGUUUUAUAUGAGGCUGUAAUAAACUCCUCUCUCCAGGCAAAUAUACAUACGUAUUAUUUCCUGAACGGAGGCGUGUCUCAUCUGCAGCCAGCAAGAAUCACUUAUACAGUCAUUUCAGCAGACAAAGUUAAAGCAAAGAUAUAAAAUUUUGGUUGGAUUGGAAAUUUCUGAUCCAUGAAUUUCGUUGGUAUCAGAACCUGAUACUGGAUCUGAUCGGCCCCAGCAGGUUUAUGGAGCUGCUGUGGAACCUCCUCCUGAUAUUGAUCGUCUGCUUUGUUUCCGUUCUCUGCAGCUUGUUGUGGAUACUGGAUUGGACACUGAGCUGUCAAUCAAUCUGUCCCUCCCCCUGUCCAAUGUGUCAUUUAGAGUGUGUGCUUAUACAGGGGCGGGGCAAGGACCCUGGACCCCCAUACAGACCCUUAAUCUUGUCGAGCCUGGUGAGUAAUAACUUUAUACUUUGACUCGUGAAUCUCUGAACUGAAAUGUUAUUUUAUGACUUUAAGAGAUUUUUAAUUAAGAUGUUGUUUUCUAUGAAUCCUGCUGCUUAUUUCUCCAAACAAACGUGUUUUUUUCUCACUCUGAAUUCAGUGUUUUGACUCGAGUUCUCCUUUUUUUUUAAUUCCCACAGAAAUGGAGGAAUUUCGAGGUGAGUGUAAUGACUGACUUUGCUCAUUCAGACCCACAAAUUUGCUCUUCUGUAACCUCCCAGAGGGGCAUGUAAUGACACAGUGACAGUCGAAGUGAGCUCAUGAGACUUCUCUGUCUUACUCUCGGUCACUGGGUUCCUGAGAGAUCCUUCCUGUGUAUCUCAGCAAAAACAAGGAAGGAAGUGAAAAAAGAGAAGAGGGGAUCUCAGGGAGACCGAAAAGGGGAAGAGAGAGAGAGAGGGGAGCCGGGUGAAUGGGGGAGACGCGUCAUAAAUAUUUAUAACAGGCAGGAACAGUGUAGCAUCUCUGUUUGCUUAGUCUAAUAGAGCCAGACAGACGAUUCAGACAACAAGAAAGGCAGAUAAAAAGAGAGAGGCAGGGAAAGUUGGGGGAGGAUGAGUGUGAGAGAAAGAAAGGGAGGAGAAGUGGAAAACAGUGGGUGGAGGUCGUGAGGGAAUAACAUAGUUGGUGGGGGAGCAAACAGAACGAGACUCUAGGAAACAGGAGGUGGAGACCAAGUGGAUUAGAUGAUCCAGUUUGUUGAUUACAGAUUUAAUUAUAACACACACACACACACACACACACACACACACACACACACACACACACACACACACACACACACACACACACUCAUCAUAAUCAUCAGUGUGUGAGAGAAUACAGAAACAGCUGCUGUUGAAAACUUCUGAACUUGUUUGUUAUUUUUUGUCACCUUGGUUUCUCCAUGAUCCUAAACUCUCUGUCUCCCUAAUUUAACUGUCAUCCUUCUCUGUCCACACCCCUCCUUCCCUCCCUCCCUCCUUCCCUCCCUCCUUCCCUCCCUCAGGUCCCUCUUCUCCUCAGGCCUUUUCCUGGCACUGGUGGUAUGUGGUGAUGGCCAUCGCCGGCGCCGUAUCCAUAGCUGUGCUGAUGGCUGUUUACGUGGCCAAGCUGCGGCGCAAGGAGACGCGCUUUGGGUGCGUAGGCUAUUAGCGCUCCUCGUGGGUGGAAGGGAGGGACGGGUUAGAUGUGCCAAACCAAAGUUUUGAGGGUUUUUUUCGGCUCCUUGACCCAGUUGUUGCCUCUGUUCUUCAUGCAUUCUUUAGCAUUUGGAUGGAGUAGAAAACAUCUGUUUUGCCGUGUUUUCUGCCGUGUUUGUACAUGCUCUGGAGGAGAUCUGUCAUGUGAUCUGUUCUGUGUUGUAUGCUGCAUGUGUGCGUUCACAGGGAGGCGUUUGAACCCAUGAUGGAAAGCGGAGAACUGGUGGUCAGGUACCGUGCACGCCGCACCUACAGCCGCAGGACGACUGAGGCAACAUGUGAGUUCCCCGCUCUGCUGCCGCUGCAUGUUUCUCAAGAAGAUGACACUGUUUGGAGUUUGCACCUCACUGUCCUCUGAGCAGGCCCGAACCUGCGCCUGUCCCCGGGACACAAAGCAAUAUGAACAGAGUAGCAUAAUGGCAUCUCCUCCUUCGCCCUCGGCCUGGAUCCAACUCUCGGCUAAGAGGAUAUAUUUUUCUGUCACGACACACGCUGACGAUCCUGCUCUUCUUUAGUCGUUCGUGUUGUUGGAAGGAAGGGUUCAGGAUUACCAAUGGUCGAUUUGUUCCUCACAGCUGUGAAAAUAACCCUGGAGUGUUGAGUCAGCUGACAGACUCCUCAACAACACUGGGAGCUUCACACUUUUGACUCACCGUUUCAUCCUUUUAUAAUUCAGCCGGUUCGAUGUGCAGGAAAUUCAUUUGAGGGGUCUGCUCUGUGAAAUCAGGAAUGAACUGAAUUUGAUCUGACCAGAAUUCAUUUCAGGCAUUUACAAAGAGAGCAGAGGAAGGAGGUGAGAGAGGGAAGUCAAGAUAACAGCAAACUGGAGAGGUUGGCGGUGUGGGGGGAAAGGAUAUCAUUUCAUAAGCGGGUGACUCUCAUAGGAGUGGGAUUUCAAACUGAAACAGCCUGUAACAACAGAUGAGGUGCUGCCUGACUGAUCUCACUGGAGUCAAAGAGGGUCGGCUCACCUCUGGGAGGAAGGUGGGGUUUCAAAUCCAGGUGCAGCAGCUCCUCAUAGAAAGGUCGCAGUGGUUUGUGUGCUGUCAUGAUCACAGACACAGAUAUGUUACUGUAAACACACACACACACACACUCACAUUUCACACAGCUGGCUUACAUUCAAGCCCUGACACUGUCCCUGGUGUGUGUGUGCACUAUAUCUGUCUAGACCUCAUACACAAGUCUCAGCUUGCCACAGCCGUGAAGAGGACGAGGGGAAGCAAAACAAAAAGUACGAAAAAACUUGUUCAGUGAGUAAAAUGAGAGCGGCUGAGGGGACGAGAUGUGGAGAUAGUGAGUGUGAGUUUGCUGGGAAUAAAGGAAGAGGUCAGAUCGGGGGGAUUUGGGUGGGAUUUAUGUUGCUGUCGCUGACCAGGAAUUUGGGCCAAUUCUCCGGACAUAGUUCAACUCUCCAGUUAUUGCACGCAUUGACUAAUAGGCGGUCACGGCAGCAUAUGUCAGAACAUGCCUGAGGAGUGAGCGCAUUGUUGUCCGGCGUGUGGCAGAUUGAUCGUGUAGCAGCAGCAGCAGCUGGAGGGGAAUCUCAGAGUUUGUCGUUGUCGACUCGUCAUAUUCUGGCCCAGAUGUGAAAAACAGAGGUAACGUCUGCAGCUCCAUCAGCUCAGCGACAGCCAGCUGGACCAGGGAUGUGGAGAGAAAACUGAACCAGAUUAAAUCCUCUGACAUCAACCUGGUUCCUGGAGGAUUAUGUGCUCAUGUGUCCCACACCUAAAAAGUGGUCUGCAGGGAUUGUGAGGCUCCAUGACAGAUUCUCUCUGGAGGUUCAAUUAAAUCCAACUUUUGUUCACUUUUGGGCCUGCCGUCAUUUUGUUCAUAUUAUAUAUCAUAUUUAGUAAAGUUGUGUAUUUGGAAAACAAUGCUAAUGAAUAUGUCACUUUAUGUUUUUCAUUUUUCCCACAAGAACAAAAAUAUUUAAUCAAAUUUUUGAAGCUUUUUAUGUUACAGGAUAAAAAGGCUUGAGUGCACGUUUUUUUCUUGUUGUUGUGUUAAUAACACUUUCUGCGUUUACAAUCUUUUCUUUGCUGCUUAUUGCUUCAUUAAAGUUCCUUGUUUUUCCCCCUCAGUGAACAGCCUCGGCAUCAGUGACGAGCUGAAGCAGAAACUCCAAGACGUGAUGGUGGACAGACACAAACUGACUCUAGGAAAGACGCUCGGGGAAGGUGAGCUUUGUUUUGUCCUUUAAAGGUGUGUCAGGAGCAUUUCUAGGACAGAUGGAGUUAAUAUUUACAGAAACAGAGCAGGGAGUGGCUGAACACUUCAAGUCCAUAUCAUCGCUGUCUGAUGAAAAACUCAUAUCUCCACUUUUAGCGAUCUGGACUUUUUUCUAUACAUGCACAGUCCAUAAUCCUCCCUAACAACCCAAUGGAAAGACAUUUUAUAACAUCAUCUUUUCAAUAAAUAUCUCCAUCGGGUGUUGGAAGUGUCGAGAAAGCACGUAUCUCCCACCCUGACCCUGAGUUGUCAUGUCAGCAAACAGACUUUACACUGUGACGGACUCAUUACAGUCCAGGGUGAUGCUACACUCAUGUCUCAUGUCAGCGUUGUUUACCUGGACGUUAGAUUUCUUGAGUCGAAGUUCAUCCCCAGAGUCAAAGCUGCAGCUGUUUUCUGUCUCUUUCUCCGUCUUUUAAUGUCUCCACUGGUAUUUAAGUGAAAUCAGAGCCAGAAUUUUAUUGAAAACCAAUUAAUUUAAUAGAGUAAGAACUCAAAACACAUUUUUCAGUUGGUUUUUCAGAAUACCUGCAUUGGUCACAGACACUAGUGCAUGUUAAAUUUUGAGUCAUGACUCAAAAAGGUUGAAAACCAAAGCACUAUGUGGAAAUGUAGGAUAGCCGGCUAUCAAUAGUUUAUCGACAUAAACAGGAUACUUUAAAUAACCGAGCGCAUUAUGAAGAAAAUACUAGAGAUUUCAAUUUCAGGUCCUAAUUGUGUCUAAUUACAGUGUUUUGGGUUUAUUCUGUAAAAUAGUUAAUGAAUAAAAUAGUUUUUUAAUGUUCCUGAAAAAAAAAAACAUUUGGAGAUGUGUGUUUUUGAUUGGACAGCGACGAUAUACAAGCUGAAUAUACCGUGCUUGUUCUUGUUCCACUUAUCUCCAUUCACACAGGGUUAUAUUUCUCUGUAUGAAAACGACUCUAACAGUAAUUUACUGUUUGUUUUUUAAUGAGAAAGUGUUUGAUGUUGUUUUUGUGUUUCUUCCUGUAGGAGAGUUCGGCUCUGUGAUGGAGGGUCUUCUCACUCAGGAGGAGUCUGUUCUCAAAGUAGCUGUCAAGACGAUGAAGAGUGAGUAGACAGUUAAAGUACUCAGAAAUCACCACAAUGAACCCCCUUCAUCGAGGACACACAGGCUUUUUGACGGGCAGCCCCUCGGGUCAGAAAUUAACAAGCGUUUUGGACAAAAAUUUCACUUCUUUAUCAGAAAACAGACAAAGACGCAGCUUGUAGGAAAUAUUGGCCGAAGGAGCGUUUGACCUCGUGUAAACCGCAACAAAAAAGUAAAGUCAAUCAUAAAACAACUGCAGUUUUCAGAGCAGCUUUGGAGUCUGAAAACAGAAUCUUACGUAAGAUUUCUGCCAGUUUGGUGUUCUGACAUCAUUAUUCAUUCAUAUAAUCAGUCAUGAAAGCUGCAAACAUGUAAUCAUUGAUGAUCUGAUAACUUCAGAAGCCAAAACACCCUUUGAAAUGAAAUUAUUUAUGACCCCGCCAUUGUUUGCUGUUCGCCUCACACGAACCACAUGGUCUCUCUUGUGUUCUGUCUUUCCUCCAGUCGCGAUCUGCACCCGCUCUGAGAUGGAGGACUUUCUGCGAGAGGCCGCCUGCAUGAAAGAGUUUGACCACCCCAACGUCAUGAGGCUUCUGGGUAAGUCAGGAUUCAUGAAGGCUGGUCGUGUCAAAGGUCGGGCGACAGCCUGUGGUGAUGGGUUUGAGAUUACUUUAAAGGUUGUAUCAGGAGAAAAACACGCCACAAACUUCUGCAGCGCACUUAGUUUUGAGCAAUCUUUGAUUAAAAAUCUCUAAAAUUAAAUCCUCAAACAUAUUUAGUGAGAAAAUCCAAAGUUAGAUAAACAACCUGUUUUAUUUUCACUGUAGUUAAUUCCAGAUUGACCUGCUGUUGAGAGCGGGAGUGAAAACACGUCUCGUUAAAGGUACAGAACAUGUAUUUGAUCUGUGUGUGUAAGACUCAGCUGCUGUGUUUUCACAGGUGUGUGUCUGCAGACUGUGGAGAGUGAAGGUUACCCCUCCCCCGUGGUCAUCCUCCCCUACAUGAAACACGGAGACCUGCACAGUUAUCUGCUCUACUCCAGGCUGGGAGACUGUCCCGUGGUUAGUCUGAUUACAAACAAUAAAAGCACCGAGUCAGCAGCAACACUAAUGAGCACAUCCAGGCAGUCACACACACACACACACACACACACACAUUUCACACAGAGUCUCACAAAGUUUAACUUCUUGAUGGUUCUGGGCUUUAGAAGUUCACAGAAAGGUCCGUCAGCAGAGCGCUAUCCAAAGGUCAUCACAGACAGAGUAUUUGUUACAGCGCGCCCCUCUGCACGCGUUUUGGCCGCACGCACGCACACACUCUGAAGUCAUGGAAACACACAAUGUGCGUCGAUUCCUCAGUGUUUGUAGUUAAUGGAUGAGGUGGUUUUUUGGAACCCAGAACUGUUACUCAGUAAGUCCCCCCAGAUCUGGGUUGAGAAAUGCGAGCCUAAUCAAAACAAGAUUGCUGCAGAAUGUUGAAAUAUCCAGUUCGGCGAGCGUUCACAAACACAAUGGUGCUGAACCUGAUUCUUCCCACAGGAAAAGGCUGUUAGUAUUUUUUUAAAGCAGGGAGCACUCGGUUCACUCUCAGAGAGGUGGACUCCAGCGCCCCCUACUGUUCAGAAAGUGACUGUUCCUCUUUGUGCCGUCCUGCAGUACCUCCCAUCUCAAAUGCUGGUGAAGUUUAUGACCGAUAUCGCCCGAGGAAUGGAGUACCUCAGCAGCAAAAACUUCAUCCACAGAGACCUCGCUGCUCGCAACUGCAUGUAAGCACAAUCCCAGAUUCCUCUUCUCGCUCUCUCGGUUCCUGUUAUCACUCCUUCUUUCGUUUUCUGUCCUUACACUAAGAAGUUCUUAUAAUGAGUUAAGAAACCCUGAAAAGAAAUAACACUUUGAUGCUUUGGACUUUAAAUAAAGUAAGUGUACGUGUUUAUAUGCAGUUUCCUCCAACAGCUCUGAGCUUUAAUGCAGAUGUUCACUAAACCUCUGGUCGUCUCUGUAGGCUGAACGAGAACAUGAAUGUAUGUGUGGCGGACUUUGGCCUCUCCAAGAAGAUCUACAACGGAGAUUACUACAGACAGGGCCGGAUAUCAAAGAUGCCCGUCAAAUGGAUCGCUAUCGAGAGCUUGGCCGACCGAGUCUACACGACCAAGAGUGACGUGGUUAGUAUUGUUGGAGGGGCCCAUGUGCACGUGUAAAAAUAAAUGUGCGUUCUUGAGAGAAUUGUGCGUAAAGUAGGCUGUCCUCAGGAUAAACACGGCUCUGUUCUGUCCUCCGUUCAUGUUUGACUGCUGCAGAUUCAUGUUUGAGUAGAGAGAGGCUUCAGACCUCCUUAACUCUUCCCCUCUCUCUUCCUGCGUCCCUUUUAAUAAAUGUCUCUCUUCCCCCUCCCCCCCUCAGUGGUCAUUUGGAGUCACGAUGUGGGAGAUCGCCACGCGGGGCCAGACUCCUUACCCUGGGGUGGAAAACAGUGAGAUUUAUGAUUAUCUGAGACAGGGAAACCGUCUCAAACAGCCUCCAGACUGUCUGGACUGCAUGUAAGUAUCAGUCCUUCUCCGCACACAAACACACAGUCUCGUGUGUGUAUAAUUAACAUUCUCAUUUUCAUCCUCUUCAGAUACUCCAUCAUGUUCUCCUGCUGGCUCCUGAGCCCAAAGGAUCGUCCGUCAUUCGAGUCUCUGCGCUGCGAGCUGGAAAAGGCCCUUGAGGAUCUGCCAGACCCUCAGGACCCAGAUGAGAUCUUGUACGUCAACAUGGAUGAGUCCUCUAUGGAGCUCGGGGCCGUUGGUGGACGUGACCCUAUUGGAGGGCCGUCCCCUCUCUGUCUGAAGGGCCUUGACUCUGUGACCACAGCCGAGGUCCAUCACCCAAACCGGUACGUCCUCUGUCCUCAACACGAGACCAAUCGGGCCCUCAGUGAUUCCUUGGAGAGUCUGGACAUGCCGGUGUCGUCCUCCACGGCCACGCUACCCCUACAGCCCUCCUGCCACUCCACCCCCAACCCCACCCCAGCCCCCACACCAACUGUGGAGCUGAUGGAGGACAGGGAAGGGUCCAGGAAAAUGCCGUGGCAAUGAUGGUUUCACUCUUUAAACAUGACUCAUCAUCACUGCCAAACUGUGCCAUCCUUUCACUCCAGACCCACACCCAGACCGAGCCUCUGCUGCUGACUGUACGAAACCUCACGUGCCCCUUUGUACGUCAUUUGCACAAAUAUUGUCGCACUCAGCUGAAAGGAUUGGAUCGGCGUUAUUUCCCGUGUUGGCCCCUUACUUCUCCAAUACUGGAUGUGAUUCGUGUGAUCAGCGGGAGGAACUCGGCUUCCAACGAUGAGAGGACUGUGAGCAUGUUUGAAAACACGCUCCGCACACUGCAGCACAAUCAAAGAAACAAACACCCUGUCGUAAAGCAAUAAUACAGACUUCAACUACAGCUAUCUUUGUCCUGGUGAUUAAGCUAAAAACAUCUAAAGUGUCUGUGAAACCAGCUCACACUGCCAACUACAGCCGAACACACUCAGGAGCUCGAACCGUCCAUGGAGUAAGCGCUGAUGUGGAGGACUCUCACCAGCUCAGGAAACGUCCUCUGAAUCAGGAUCUCGGCUUCUCCUGCAAACCAACCUGCAGGAUUUGUAUGAAGGAGCCUCUGAGGCCCCCGUCAGGUCGAGAGGAAUGACUGUUUUCUGGUUUUUAUGAUCAAAGUUUGUGAAGGAUCACAUGAUUUUUUUAGGCCGAUGUUGUUGCGCCGUAAACUUUUAAACCCUGUUGUUUUUGGUUUCCCACAGAGAAUCGUAAAAGUGCAAAUUUGACUCAUGAUAUCUGAAUUAAGGGCUCCUUCACCCGACAUGAAGAGACUGUUUUCAUAUUAAUACUGCAGAAUGACAGUAAUUAGCUAAAACUGCCUUCUUUAUACAGUUUCCUGUGAAGCUGCCUUAUUUGAGUGACCUUCAUCCCAUCAGUUUAGACUAGGGGUCGACUGAUAAUGGUUUUUUAGGGCCAAUGAAGUCACUGAUUAGGAGUUCAUGAAGAUUUAAACUCUACAAAGUUUUAAAACUUUGUUGAAAUUCUUUUUGACAAUAAUUCAAACUGAAAUGUUCAAAAUAAUUUAGAAAUUACCCUGUUUUACUCACAGUACAGUUACGUCUGUUUAGCCUCUCAGAUGAUGUUGUAGUGGAGGCAGAGGGUUUGGACAGAGCGGUGAAAGAAAACAGACCCAGAGGGACACUCACAGCAGCAGUAGUGCACUUUGUAGUUGACUAAUUUUAUCAACUAUCUUUUCAGUAAAAAAAACAACAGAUAAAAAACAGAUGUCAAAUAUCGGCCCUAAAAUUGUCUCAGACCGAUCAUUGAUCUGCCCCUAGUUUGAGAAAUCUUCUCCAGGUCUUGUGUUGUUGUUGUUGUUCUUUUAGGACCAUGAGCCAACUGUCCUCACUGACCGGUGAGACACCUUUGCAUGUCCUUUAAAAAUCUGAAGUCGUAACUCAGGAACCUGAGACUGAGCAGGGACAGAGGUACUGUUCACACCAAGGGGGUACGAAUAAUCAGAGGUGGAUUAAUGGACUGAGGGAGUCGGUACAGACGGUGGGAUAACCUGAGGCGAAGGGCAGGAUAAGCUCCUCACCUUCGCCUUUGACUCAAGCACAGUGUUAUUACAGUUGUAAUUGUUUUAUGCGUUUUUUUUAAGUCUUCAGUUUUGCACUAAUGUUUUAUAUCAGUGUAUGUUUGUUUGUUUGUAUAUCAUUUUUGUUUCUUCGUGUUACGUUUGUAAUUACUCUUCGGACACGCUGUAGAUGCCUCGUAUGAAAUCAGCCGACAUGUAACAACCCAGAAAAAUAGUCAGAGCGAAACCUGUGAAAGUAAAGCAGGGCCUCAAACUCCAUCCACAGGGUAGAGAUGGGAAACAUGACUAACCUCAUCAUCUUACAUCAUCCUACCACUUGUUAUUCCAGGAUGUGUUUGUUUCUUGAGGUUUAGCACUGUAAAUAGAAGUCUGUUACACGUAGAGUCGAGGAUGAGGACACAGGGAGCAGAAGCUGAAAAGCAAAUUAAAGUUUGGACAUCCCAACGUCUGCUCCGGAGAAACUCAUCAGCUUCAACUUUGCAUCAUGUAUGCACUUAUUUUUAUAUAUAAAUCUAUUUCAUACCAGUAUCCUAAUUUGCCAUUGGAGUGGAUUUCAACACACGUUUUUGGAGACCAUUUGUCUGAUUGAGUUGCUGUUUUUUGUUGUAUGCAUUAAAGGUACUUUUCUAUGUAAAACAGAUAGAGAAACACCUCUGGUACUGUACGUUUAGAGUAAGAGUCAAAUAUGACGGUGAACCGUGAGUAUGAAACGAUACAAUAAGGGCGUAUUAAACACUCUGGUCUUUUUAAAUGUACUCCAGCUAAAACUCAUGAUCCUCUGUGACUCCUCUGUUCAGCCUUACAUCUUUGAAUUUCAUGGAUUUGCCUUCAGUGCCUUUACAGAGCCAGUAUUUUGCAUUACUCAAGAUUUGUGACUGAUUCUCCUGGUGUGCUGAAUUAGGAGAAGACUGUAAAUAUAUAUCAUUGCCUUUAUAUUGUCAUGAUUUGUAAACAAAUUUUUAUACCGGUCCUGCAAUAUUUUGUAUAAGAAAUAAAUUUUUUCUUCACGACAGAAA